GUUCUAUUUCUGCAUCAUUGCAUUUAAGAGGUCUCCUAUGGGGCUUCAUGUUAAAUUAGGUUCUGAGAAUGCAUGACGCUGACACCACAGAAGCUGGUGGAACGGCCGAGAUCACGUGGGGGAAGAUACAUAGCUCUUCAUCUCAGAUAUGAGAAAGAUAUGCUAUCUUUUACUGGUUGUACUUACGGUCUGACUAAUGCGGAAUCUGAAGAGCUGAGAAUAAUGAGGGAGAACACAAACCAUUGGAAGGUCAAAGUUAUAAACUCCACGGAACUGAGAAUAUCAGGCUUGUGUCCACUAACUCCUAAGGAAGUGGGGGUAUUUCUUCAAGCUCUUGGUUAUCCAGCCUCAACAUUAAUUUAUAUUGCUGCUGGAGGAAUAUAUGGUGGUAAUGCUCACCUUUCAGAGCUCAUGUCCCGCUUUCCUAUCCUAGUUUUUAAGGAGAAUUUGGCUGCUAAUGACGCAUCUCAUGAGUUAAAGGCAUUUACUAAUCACGCAUCUCAGUAUGCCGCUCUUGAUUACAUAAUUUCCAUCGAGAGUGAUGUGUUCACCCCAACACAUUCAGGUAAUAUGGCAAUAGCUGUAAAGUAA